AUGAUGCGACCUAUGAGGGUGCAUAGCGCUCUGAAAAAUUCGAAGACCUUUGAGGAGUUCCGACGGAAUAGACCCUUCAAGUUCCUCCACUUGUACUCGGGCCCCAACGAUCCUCUUGGUGAAGCCAUCAAGGUUGAAGCAGCUCGGAACAGGCUCGAGGUCGUGGUUUUGAGCCUGGACAACAAGUUGGACCCCACUCUGGACUUGUCUAGGCCGGCCAGUCAUCAGACGAUGAUGCAGGACGUCGGCAGAGGGGAGUGGGACUACAUCCAUUCAGGUUUUCCUUGCGAUAGCUUCAGUAUGGCACGACACCAUCAAGUAGCUGGGCAACCUGGUCCGGUGAGGGACAAGGCUCACAUAUAUGGGCUGCCGACCAAUGAUGAGAGACAACAAUCCGAGGCAGAUCGUGGGACCAGAAUGGCGGUUCAGUCUGCGGAGGUCCAUGAAAAGCAGGUGAAGGCUUGCGAAGCACGUAAAGUUCCACUUCUUGUGCACUACAACACGUGCGCCUACAUGACCAAGGACAAGGUGUGCAAGUGUCCAAAUUGGGUUGCACAUGUUGCACUGGUGGGCAAACAGCUUACGGCAAGUGCGGCACAGUACCCGGCGGCGUUGGCAGAAGCAGUCGCUGUCGAAGUUGUGGGAGUUUGGAAGAAGACCCUCAACCUUGAAUGGUGGAGAUUCAAGUUGGAGACAAAGUCGCAGGAGGUCAGCGAUCUUCAGAAGGCCUGGUUGGAAAACGAGGACAAAAAGAGCAGAGGUGAGACAGAACGAACCCCUGCAUCAAAACGAGCUGCAUCGAUGGCCUUCAAGAUCGACAACAUCGAGAGCGAUGACUUGCCUUCGGGUUCAAAAGGAACCCCAUUGAAGAAGAUCAAGGAGAACCACAACAUGUUGGCCGUGGGAGGGAUGAGAAACCCUGCCAGAAGCGUCCGACGACUCACACAGCUGGGGGACGUCGGGAGAAAGAUCGCUUGCUUGUGGGAGGAAUUCAUGGAGUCCCACCCAACAUCGGUCCGGGUCGCUGCAAACUAUGGCAAGCCCGACAACGCCUUUGACCAGGAGUUGGUACAGCUAUGGCGCGACACGCUCAAGGACCACCUGGCAGAGAUCGUCGAGAAACCGGUUGUGGUCAAGGAGAAUUGGGAGUUCACAUCACCUUUGGACGCAGAGUUGUGGCAAGCAUGGGGAGCCGAGGCAGGAGACCCUGAUCUAUGCCUGCCAGACUUCAUCAGACGCGGCGUUCCCCUUGGGAUGGAAGUGCCGAUACCUCCGAGCGGAGUGUUUCCCCCUGCACUGGAUCAGGAGGAUGUGAACACAGAUCCGGCUGGGGAGUUUGAGGCCCUCAAGUUCCAGCGCAACUACCAAUCAGUGAGGGACCAAACCACGGAGGCAACGAUCGAGAUUGACCGCUACGUCAACAAUGGUUUCGCAAAGAGGGUGAGCUGGGACUGGGUGAAACAGACCCUCGGCACCACUGGCACUGUAUCCAAAAUGGCCCUCAUUCUGAAGGAGAAGGAGGACGGGUCGGUCAAGAGAAGAAUCAUUUUGGAUAUGAGAAGGAGUUUUGGUAACUCCAGGUCGAAGGUCGACGAAAGGAUCGUCCUACCUCGACUUUCAGAUGUGGUGACAAUGCUCCAAGACAUUUGGAGGAGGCGAGGUGGGGCGAAGGCCAAACGCAGGGACACGAACACAGAUGAUUUUGAGUUCUGCCUCAUUGACCUCAGUGACGCGUUCUGCCAUUUUGGAGUGCUGAAAAAUGAGUUGCGACAUUGCGUCACACCGGACGAGCACGACCGAGAUGCCUUGGAUUUGGUGUGCAAUGUUGUUUGGAUAUCGCGCGGCACCGUGUACGUGGACGACAUACUGGUAGCCGCGUUGGGAGAUAGAGUCACCCGUGAAGCUCAACUGGCAAUGCUGCUGUACACUGCGGCGGCGUUCGGAGUUCAGAUCAGUUUGAAAAAGGGAGAAAGAGGCAGAAGGGUCACUUGGAUAGGCUGCACCAUCGAAGUUCCAGUAGUGGAGAUGGAAGAGCCGGAGGUUGUGAUCUUGGGCAUAUCAAAGCAUAUGAUCGAACAGGUGGUCGUCACGUUGAGAUCCUGGACAACAGGUGGCAUGGGCUCCCUGAAGGAGCUCAGAUCAACGACGGGAAGACUGUCAUGGGUGGGGGGAGUGCUACCCCGCCUGCGUUGGACGGUGAACGUGCUCUAUGCAACUUUGAGGGAGGUCGAGAAGGACCAAGAAGACGGCACCGAAGAUCGAAGAGCCCAAACGAGACAAGACUCCAGGAGCAAAAGGGGCCUAUUUCCAAUCAAAAGAUUGGGUGGAGUGCACUUGUGGUUGUUGAAACUGUUCGAGAAUCCGGUGGAGCACCUCAUCCGUGUGGAGAACAUGAGACGACCACCGAUUUCCAUGGGCAUCAUCACCGAUGCCUCUCCGAAGGGUUGGGGCGCUAUACUGGUGAAGGGCCAGGAUGGGGCAACGAGGACCCUGCAACCUGUGGCCGCAGUGGAAGCGCUCAUCAACCAGCAGGAGGCACAGCUGCUCGAGGUGGAAUGGGGUGAGUCAUCGUCCCAGGCCGUGGUCGAAGCGUAUGCCAUUCUGAGGGCAUUGGAGUUUUGGGCCGACAAACUCAAGAUGAGGGCCAUCAUCAUCCGAGCAGAUUCUUCAGUGGCUUUGGCGAUGAUGAAGAAGCUGGCCUCAGCACACAAGUCAUUGAACUUCAUAGCUGCGGAGAUCGCCCUGCGGCUUGAGAAGUACGAAGUUCAAAGGCUGGUCCUUCACCACCUGAGGGGCUCCUGGAAUGUGGAGGCGGACUGGCUGUCCCGGAUCACGGAGAGGGGAGACAAACCUCGUCCAAAAGGACUUGAGGGAGUCCAUCUUCGGAGGACAGCCCCCUGCUCGGCCACAAAGUUCUGGCUGCACGCACCAGGCGACACAGCCGGAGGUGAUGAAAAGUUCACCCCUCAGGACAACAUCUUCGAGACCAAAGAAAUGUCACAUGCCCAGAACCAUGGAGGUUCAAACGCAGGGUCAAGCCGUAGUCGAGCCCUUCGACACCGGGGCAGAUGCGUUGCGAUGGAUCCUGCAAGUAUGGGCAUGGUCUCUGGUCUUAGCGUUCCUGGCGGGCAUUCAGUGCUGGAGGCAAUGUUGUUCGCGGCUGCGCCAGAUGAAGCAGGAAUUUGGCUAACGAGUGCAAAUGAUGGAAAUGGGCUCUGGGGACCACGAGGGGACCGAAGCCAUGAGGUUUUCGAGCCCUUCCCCCUCAAGAGUGAGGUCAAGAGCCAGCCCAUCAAUGACAAGCAGCCGGCAGAGUCAAUCAUUGUCGAGUCGAUCCAGCAGGAGUUCAAAGCAAAAGAAGCCAUCAAACAAGCAACCGCGAGGUCAAGUUCCUCGAGACACCACAGUAGGAGUCAGAGGACGUGUCAGCGUCGCAGAAAGAGGAAGAAUCGUGUUGGAAGCGAUGGGAAGUGGAGCAAAGACACCACUUCACAGUCCACCGACACGAAGCAGCCCCUGAAAGAUAUCGUUCGACUGGCUGUGAACACCAGAUGGAUCGAGGGUGCAAAAAGAAGACUGAAAGAGAGGCUCUACGCCGCAUCAACCAUGGCAACCAAAGAAUCAAAACGGAGAAAGAUCAUGGAAAUCAUGCAAAACUGCGAGAUAAAAAUCCAGGGCAACGGGUUAUCAGUGGAGGAACUGGUGACGGUAGCAGCAGUGUUAAGGAGAAUCCAACAUAAGAGCGCUGAUCAGUACCUGAGCGAGGUAAAGCUCCUCCAGUUGGAAGCGGGCAUCUCCUGGUCAGAUGUGAUGGAGAGGCAGAUGACCAUGGUGAAACGGGCGCUCAAACGUGAUGUGGGCCCCGAGAACCGAGCGAAGGAGUUUGACCCAGCCAACAUCAGCCAGGAGGUGUGGGAAUCCCAAUCUGGUGACGGAAACAGACCGAGAAGAGUGGCCUGGUCCUACGCCUGGGCAGUGGUGUGGAUGUUGAGAUCGAUAGAGUUGGCCGCAAUGAGAUUGGGGGAUGCCCACGUGGAGUUCAGCAAGAAAACGGUCACCCUGUUGAUCAGGAAAUCCAAAACGGACCAGAGAGCCCUAGGAGUGAAAAGGACGUUGGUUUGCUGUGGACUCCCCACGUGCUUGAGGCUGUGUCCGUGGAAUCUCGCACUCAGAGUUUUGGCAGACCAUGACAGCGACGAUGAGAACGCGCCACUGUUCCCGGACAAGAAGGGAAAGCUGGUACCCAAGGUCAAAAUGAUCAAAGCGUGGAUGGAGAACAUCGACCCAGAAAUCACUGGCCACUCGGGCCGUCGCAGUGGAGCGAUGUGGUACGCCCGCAGAGGUUUACCAAUUCUCUGGUGUGUUUAG